AUGGCAACCAGAAGGCCCAUCACAUGGUUUUUAACAGAAAAAGGACGUAGAUUUUCAUUUGCUAUUGUUACCGGCACAGGAAUUGCGUUAACAGCUGCAAGAUUCAUGCCUCAUACUUUCUUCUUAGAAAAAUAUAAAAGUGUUGUGCAUUACUACAGAGAUGGUCAGCCUGCUGAAAUUCCUAAAGAGCUUUCUACGCGAUAUGAAAGAUGUCUUGAUCUUCUUAAACUCACAGAUGUUCACAGAAAAAUAAUUCAACCAUUUAGUGUAUAUGGUUUUGAUUUAUUUCAUGCUGGUAGCACUAACUCAAAAUUUGGUGUUGUUAUUGGAAUUCCAGUUAACUUCACAUACAAGACACUUGAUGAUAUUGAGAAAGAUAAUAUACAGGUUAAUCAAAAAACAGUUGAUUUAAAUACUGAUGUUGGUAAAAAAUUAGCUGAAGCUCUUAUCCUUCCAGAAAAAGUACAAGAAUUUGCAAUUUGUAGAGAAAUUCUGAUGACCAAUAAUAGCAAAGUGCUGUUUGAAUCAACCUAUCCAUUUAUGUGCAUAUUUUUUGUUUACAAUCUCUGUCAUUAUUUAAACAGAAAACUUAAUUUGUAUUUAGCACACCCAGUAGUUAGAGUAACAAUGUAUUCUAUUGUUGGAUUAUUUGGAAUGGGAAGCUACUUUCUCAUAAAAGAUCUAACAGAAGUAUAUUAUGAGACAAGGGUUGAUAGUAAACUUUGUGAACUUGGCCCAGAAUAUAUUAAAAGUGGUCUCAUAUUUUAUGAAAAACUCUUACAACGAAACCAAGCCCUAAGAGAAUUAAUGGGUAAUGAAGGUGCAAGAAAGUACACCAAAAUGGGUAAUGAGAAUUAUGGUAUUAGACAACCUCACUUAGCACUAAUUCAUAGAAAACAGUUUUUUGAGGAAAAGCUAAAGGAAAGUUCAAAUAUAGAGGACUUAGAAAAUAUUGAAAGCUAA